UGGGCCUUGCUCCUUCCUCCUUCAGCUCAUAACAAUGGAGUCUGGACAGGGAAGGAUCUCCGGCCUGCCGAUACUGCCACGUUACUAGCGCACUCAAGAUCCUUUUCCUCCUCCUCCUUCUUUCUUCUUCUUGUUUCUUCGCCCUCCUUUUCUUGUUCGAGCUUCUGGCAAAUUCAAAGCUUCGCCGACGACCGGUUUUUCCGAUUCCCCCAAACGUCGGCGGCUCCCCGAAUCCCGCGAGAGAGGGUUCCGUUCGAUCGAUGGCGACGAUCCAGCACGACGUCCGCUCGGCCCUCCACGUGGCCUCCUCCGCCGUCCGCUCCAUCGCCCCUUCCCUCGCCCUCUCCGGCGCCGCCUCCGCCGCCGCCGCCGCCGCCGCUACAGCGGCGCGCCGGGCCCCCGCCGCGGCGAGCCCGUCGCUGAGGCUGCGGGCCUUCUGCUCCACCAAGGAGGCCGCCGACGCCGUCCUGAGGGCCCCCGAGAAGCCGUCGGUCUGCACCGCCGACGAGCUCCACUACGUCUCCGUCGGCAACAGCGACUGGCGCCUCGCCCUCUGGCGCUACCAUCCGCCUCCUCAGGCUCCUGUCAGGAAUCAUCCUCUGCUGUUGCUGUCCGGAGUUGGAACCAACGCCAUUGGUUACGAUCUCUCCCCUGGUUCUUCAUUUGCACGGUACAUGUCGGGGGAAGGAUUUGACACCUGGAUUCUGGAAGUCAGAGGUGCUGGAUUGAGCGCACAGGGAUCAACUCCCGAAGGAAUUGAACAAUCUGCAAAUAAAAUGUCGAAGCAAAUGGAAGCUGCUGCAAAAGGUGUGAUGAAUGGAGCUCUUCCUGAGCAACAGGAUGCAACGAACAGUACCAGUGUCUAUCUGGACUCCGAAGUUCCUGCUGCUAAGGGAGAUCCUGCAGUUCUGGCAACAGCAUGGGAUGAAUCUAAGCUGGUGUCAAAGUUAACAGAGACUUUCAUGCGUUUGUCAGAAAGGCUUUCUGGUUUUCUUAGCGAAGGUCAAUCCAGAAUUAUGUCUGCUAGGUUCUUUGAUCAGAUAUCCAAACUUGUGGAGGAUUCACAGUUAUCAGAGCGCUACAAUGAGAUAAGGGCGACUCUUUCAGGCUUGUUGGAAUCGAGGCAAAACUCUGGGAUUGCUAAUCAAAUUAGAGACUUAAGUGAACGACUUGUAAAUAUUAUUGAAGAAGGUCAACGAUCCGUUUCACCUCCACUUUUUAAUAUACAAGAACGUUUCUCUUCCACUAUUGAAGAUUUUCAGAAGCAGCUUGAUUUGAUCGUGAAGUAUGACUGGGAUUUUGAUCAUUACCUUGAAGAGGAUGUGCCUGCUGCGAUGGAAUAUAUAAGAGCAAUAAGCAAACCGGAGGAUGGUAAACUGCUGGCAAUCGGACAUUCCAUGGGAGGAAUCUUGCUUUAUGCUAUGCUAUCUCGAUGUGGUUUUGAAGGAAAGGACCCAAACUUAGCAGCUGUUGCUACUUUGGCAUCAUCACUUGACUACACACCUUCAAAAUCAACACUCAAGUUGCUUUUACCCCUCGCAGAUCCUGCACAGGCUCUUAAUGUUCCUGUCGUUCCUCUGGGGGCGAUGUUAUCGGCUGCUUAUCCUCUUUCAUCACGCCCUCCCUAUGUAUUGUCUUGGUUAAAUCAUCUGAUAUCAGCAGAGGACAUGAUGCAUCCAGAAUUGUUGGAAAAGCUCGUCCUGAACAACUUUUGCACUAUACCUGCUAAACUCAUACUGCAGCUGACGACGGCUUUCAAGGAAGGAGGGUUAUCUGACCGUAGUGGCAGAUUCUUUUACAAGGAUCGUUUGCACGAAAGCAAUGUGCCUAUCUUGGCGAUUGCAGGGAAUAGAGAUCUAAUCUGUCCACCUGAAGCUGUUGAGGAAACUGUGAAGCUUAUUCCUGAUAAUCUGGUGACUUACAAAGUUUUUGGGGGACCUGAAGGGCCUCAUUAUGCUCAUUAUGAUUUGGUGGGGGGACGAAUGGCCGUGCAGCAGAUCUACCCAUGUAUAAUCAAGUUUCUUAGUCGCCAUGAUUGUCGCGAAAACCAACACAACAAAUGUACCUCCUCUUGAUGAAUCGAGGCAACAACAAUGGAAUUCUGUUCUGGUUAUGCUGUAUGGUGCUUGCGUGCUCUCCUAGAUUAGAGGGGUUCUCAUGCAAAUGCGUGGAGAUUUUGCGACUCUGAUGAUGGUUAUCAGCGCUCGUUACUUUAGAAGAUAUGCGAUGCUCUAGUAGGAUGAUCAUCUCUCUCCAAGGGAUAAAGGAUCGAGAUGGGGCUUGAUAUGCCCGGGCUUCAUUGCCGUUGAUAAUUGUAGGUAGUCUAUUAAUUUUGUCUGUAACAUUUUUGUGGAGGAUCAACGUGUUUUACUUAGAUUCUGUUUGGUUAGACGAUGCGUGACCGAUUUCAUAUUCACGAGCACAAUGACAAAGCUAUAGUCGAUUCUUUUGAUCGAACAUGUCGUGAUUUAGGCACCUAAUUUUUCUUGGAUUGCGACUGUGGACUAUGGCAUCAAUAUAGUACAACACUGUUUGGAAGUAGAUCAAGGAUCACUUGCAUUGCCAACCAUACGGAAAGAAAUGGAUGCAGCAAUCCAAAGUGAUCAAGUACCUUAUGGAGUGGAUGACCACAGGAUGUUUAGAUGUUUAUCGGAAUUUCUUUUCCUUUCCAUUCCUUUUCUUGUAAAAACUUAAUUAUAGAUGUGAUAAGGUCCUCUUUUAGAUGUUA